CAAUGCAGCGCAAAACUCCACAGCUUUGACAAUAUGGGCCAGACUUUCGUAAUGAAAAGCCCAACAAAAUCUGCGUAACGUUAGGCUGGCACGAAUCAGAGUUUCUCCAUUUCUUUCCCUCCCUCAUUUCACAAAAAUUUCUCUCACUCUGGUUUGGUGGGGGAUUCUAAGCUGUCACGAAUGGCCGUGAUUUUCUGGAGACAUCCUCCCAAUCAAACUAUUUACAUUAAAAAUCUCAAUGAAAAGAUUAAAAAAGAAGUAAUUGUUCCACCCGUCCGCUUCUUCUUCCUUUUUUCUUUUUCUUUUUUUUUUUAAGAAAACCAGAGCUACAAGAGACUAUACAUUCUUGAACCUCGUAUUUUGAAUCUCUUAAUCAUCUUAAAAACUCAAGACUUAACUUAUCCGAUUUUAUUGUGCUGUAAAGAAUAGAAUUUUAGUGGUGAAUCGUUGGUGAAGCGGAAGAAUUUGAAAAAAAAAAGGAAGAUUUAUUAUGGAAGGAUUUUGGAUGUUGUUGCUUUGAAGACACCUAAACUUCGAGGACAAGCGUGGGUUGUGUUUAGUGAAGUAACAGCGGCAAGUAAUGCAGCGCGGCAAAUGCAAAAUUUCCCCUUUUAUGAUAAGCCUAUGUACUACUAGUGGGAGCUGACAUUGUGGAAGUAUAAGGAAGAAAGCUUGAACAUAGCAGCGCCCUCAGUUAUGUUCAGAGGACUGAUCUUCACAAAAUAAGUUACCUUCUGUAAUUCUCAGUGGUAUACCAAACCUCUCUGAAUUAGGUCAGCUUCAGACACUAUUAGCAAUGCAUCCAUCUAGAAUACAAUGUGCAAAAACAAAGUCAGACUGUGUCACUAAGGCAGACGGAAGCUUUGUUCCAAGAGAGAAAAAGAAGCAAGAAGAAAAGGCUGAACGAAAGAGACAUGCAGAAGCACAGCAAUCUGGUAUGGUUAAUGGUGCAGGCACUGAAAGUAAUGGUGGCCCAGUUGCUUCUUUCAGAAAUGCAGGUUCACAAGAAGCUGUUGCUCCAAAUAGUAUACUCUUCAUACAAAAUUUGCCUCGCGAAAUCACUGGCUUCAUGCUUGAAAUGCUCUUCCAGCAGUACCCAGGAUUCAGAGAAGUCCGAAUGAUUGAAGCAAAGCCAGGUAUUGCUUUUGUAGAGUUUGAAGACGAUGUUCAGGCCCUACAGGGUUUUGAAAUUACCCCUCAGAAUCCCAUGGCUAUCACUUUUGUCAAGAAAUGAUGAUCAAUUUCGUUGCUUUUGUUUCCUCCUUUGGUUUUGGCAAAGCUGUGUAAUUGUAUUAGAGUUUUUAAACAUCGUAGUUAUGUAGAUGUUGGUUCUCCAAUACAUCUGAUUUUUUUAUUUUACAUGGAGGUAACAAACCA